AUGUUUUGGGAUGUGAUGAUGAGAAUAUAUGACAGUAAAAAGGGCGAAGAGGACCAAAUAUGUAGACAGGACUACAUGAAAUAUUAUACAUCCCAAUAUGUCGAUACUGCUAUCAUCGAAGCAUCCAGACAGCGCGGCACCGCCGAUAUGCGCAUACACGCAAAAUGCGGGAUUUGUAAAAUAUAUGCAUUCAGAUCGUCGUUUCUGGGAACUACAAGGAAUUAUAGAAAAAUGGAAGACUUCGUUAAAAUCACAUGCGAUGGUGAAAUAGUAAAAAGUAAUAAUACUCAAUUAAUAGUGAAGGCUAGAAAUAAUACAGUUUAUAUUGAUAAAAGUGCUGUUAACACUGAGGAGCCUAAAAACGAGUGUCGCGGUCCUAUAGAGAUAAGAACACAUCUGUCUGUUUUAAUUCCCAAGAAAUUAAAAGUUGCAUUAGUCCUAAAUUUAUUAUUAGUACUGCUUAGUAUCUCUAUGUCCUUCACGAUCGGCUACUUGUCCUGGGUACAAAUAGAAUUGUUAAAAGAACAAGUAAAUUUGAAAAUUGAAAAGGACAUGAAAAACAUUUUGGAAUCUUACCAAGAGACAAUGCAACAGGUUCUCCAUGUUCCUAGAGUAAUUGGAAGUGAUUACCCAGCUUCUGAAGGCCACAAUUUUGACAAUGAUGUUACCCAGAAUGAUGACAUGGAAUCACAAAAUAUGCAUAAUGACACUUUAUCUCCAAAAGAUUUAUUAGUUGUGCAUUUCAAUGGCGCGCAGCAUGAAGCAAACUUGGGCUUAGACCCCAUAAUAGGACCAUGGACCCGAGAUUUGAAAGUGUCAUCAGCUAAAAGCCACAACAAGAUCAGACUCGACAAUAACUAUGUUACCAUCAAGGAAGGUGGACUGUAUUUGAUAUACGCACAAAUCGUAUACUUAACGCACGAACCAAGCUGCUUCUUCAUAUGGGGGCGACGUGGUUCCGAAGAUCCUCGGUUACUGACCACCUGUGCAACCAGCGGAUCCAGCGAACGACCUCUCGCUCAGUCACAAAUAUCCUGCUCUGUGCAAAUAGUGACGAGACUGUACGACAAUGAUAUUGUAAAUAUAGCGCAGAGGGAGAAAAACAGGACGGUGUGGUUGCGACCAGGGUACUCUUAUUUCGGAUUUGUAAAACUGCGCUCAUAACAUAUUAUGUUGUCAUCAGGUGAGUGUUUGUUUUACACAAAAAGACUUCGUCAAUGUCGUCUGGAUUGUUUUCGAUCUUACCUAUUUUUGCCGCCAAGCAGCUUGCUUUUUAAAUUGUCCAGAUUAAACGGACAGAUAUGGCAGUGAAAUAACAGAGUAGGGAGGCAUGAUACCUUAGACCUCAUUAAUGGCAACGAACGACAAGUAUCACGACGGUCACGUGACCACGUGACGUUUGUGGUGCUGUUAUAAAGGUGACGGUUGCCACUUUUCAUCCGAUGGCUCAGUUUGUUUGCCUUUUCUGUUAUAAAAAAGGAUGUUUAAAGACUUUUAUAAUUUAGUUACUUGUGAGGGAAUAGAUUAGACAUUUAGUUGAAUUUGUAUGAGAGACCCAUUUUACUAAUCAAAUCAAAUCAAAAUAGGUCUACAUGAAUAAAGAUAUUUUGAUUUGAUUUGUUUGAUUAGUAAGUUGGGUUAAUUAUAAGUUUGUAAUAGUAUAGAUUUAUGAUAUGUCAAAUCUACCGUAAUAUUUUCUUUAAUGCAUUAUGUUGCAUUAUAUUUUAUUUUUGUGUACAGUUGAAGAUACAAUAAAAUAAAUCAAUAAAAUAAAUUGUUCAUCUAUCUAUAUAUCUAAUAAUAGUGUUACGACGUGAUAUUUAAUAAGGAUGGUCUCGAAAUUAAAUGAAAACAUAUAAUGCCAAGUAUUCCUUUUCAUAAGUAUUUAAACUAAUUAUAUUGGUCUAUAUGUUUUUCUAUGUAAUUACAUAAAAUGUAAUUAAGUAUGUUUGUUGGUUGUCUAGUACUUCUAGUACAAGUUCGUCAUAUAAAUCGCGCAUGUGAGCCGUCCAAGAUGAUUUAUUUAUUAUUACAUUUAUUGAUCUGGAUAAAGAUUUAAGACCUUUUACAGAUUAUUUUACUAGUAAUCUAAUUGGGUGCCUAGGCAUUAAGUAAAACGUACAUUAUUGUAAAAUUGGCGGUCUCUAUGUAUAAUCGUAGAUAAUGUGAUUAUACAUAUAUGUGAUUUUUCAUGUACACAAAGUGGAAAUCUGAAUAAAAUGUUGAUUUUUCGUACUAUAUUGAUCACGUGAGCAUGCCGUUUGUAUUACACGUGGGCAGAUUUGUUCAGUUCCAUGCUAUGCACUUUACGGCUAAUCCCUAUUGAUAUGUUAAGUAUAAAUUAAAUAUUUUCAUUAAUUAAUGGAUUUGUUUAAUUCCGCUACUAUUAGCAUGUGAGAGUAGUCUGAUCGCCGAACAAUACUAGGGUUCCUAGUUAAAUCCCAACUGAACCGAACUAUUGCCUAAUGAUGCCUCGUUCAGAGGCAAAACACAUAUUGCAAUAUGGGUGUAGUUUCCAUAACAGUCGGAAUUUAUUACUUGUAGAGGUCGUAACGCUUCCGGAAGCGAUGGUCAGGUUUCCGCACUGCCGCACACACAAAAUUUAUACUUUUACACAUGCUAACAGUAGCGGAAUUACACAAAAUAAUAUAAAUUAGUUAAGUAAUUUAAUGGACUUCUGCUAAAUAACUAGUGUUAUUUAGUGGAAUUCGAUAAAAUAAACACUUUCGUCUUCCACAUAUGGGUUUCCAUAUAUUAUUUAUUAGUUUCCAUAUACAUUCCGUAUAUGCAGGAUAAUUAGUUUUGACAUCAUUUUUACUAGUCUGUGUAGACUACGUUUAAGGAAUGAAUAUGUACUGCCAUUUGAAAGACUGCAUUUCAACAGCUGCUUACAAUUAAUAUUAUGAAUAUACUGUAAGUAAAAAAAUAAAGGAAGACUUCGUAUAGAGUCAUCUGCGUAUAUACUUAUGCCUUAUGUUAUUGAAGGGAGCUAUGAUUUCACGGUGUAUAAAAUAAGUUUAAUCGAUGUGAUUAAACUUAUGUUUAUAAAUGUUUAAUUGCUCUUAAACCGUAUUUUACUCUAAUUUCGAUAAUAUUUUAGUUAUUAGCAAAACAAUGUAACUUUCGAUUUGGUAUGAGGAUUAUGAAUAUUCGGAUUUGUAGUAUUGGAACAAACAGACCAUGUGAUCUUUAUUCCAAAAAUAUUAGUCUAUUCUAAUUAAUAAUUGUUAGAAACUGCAAUGCAGUAAAGCAGUAGAUUGUUAGUAUUAUUUCAUUAUAUAAGAAAAUAAGUAUUAUAUUUAACAGUAUUUUUUAGUUCAGAUUUAAAAUAUUAUGGCCCGGUAACUUCAACCCAUUUAAAAGUACGAGAAAAUUAUAUUACUUCACAUUUUUAUUAUUAAUCUUUUCAGUGUUUUUGUUAAUAUGGUAAUGAAAUAUUUAUAUAAACAUAAA